ACGUACGAAUUCGCGUCCGAUUAGCCAAGAUGGCGCAUUCCUCGUCGAUUUGUUGCAGUCUUGCAGUUUGUUGUUGCCGGUAAUGGCGAUGAUUCGCGUGUAGAUUACGAGUUUGGAACUUGAAAAUCGAGUAGCAGUCAGUAGCAGUGGUAAGUGUGGCACGCGAGAUGGGCUUCCAGGACGUUAUGUACACAGCAGUCACUAUGCCGUUUAAUGUUAUUCACAAAACGAGUGCGGGAGCCGCCUCGUAUGCUUGGGAUGCGGCCACGUCGGCAACAAGGUAUUUGGGAGGGAAGCGGAAAAUCGAGGUGAAAAUGGCAGCGCCAGUACCUUUAUGGAAAUUAGCUGCUGCCACCGGUCCAUACGUGAGGCUUGCAGCUCUCAGCGGUGCAGCAGCUGUGAUUCUUGGCGCCCUUGGAUCCCACCGACAUUACUCUAAAGAUGAGAUAGGACAGGAACAACGUCGGAUCUUCGAAACGGCAAAUCGAUAUCAUUUUAUACACACUUUGGCCUUGCUGGGAUUACCGUUAUGCAAGUUCCCAGCCUUGGCUGCGACUUUCAUGCUCUCUGGAAUCGUACUGUUCUGCGGAAGUUGUUAUUAUACUGCAUUUACUAAUAAUAGACGAUUCAGUUCAACGACGCCGAUCGGGGGAUUUUGUUUUAUACUGGCGUGGUGCAGUAUGUUCUUGUAAAUAUCGCUGUAGAAAUAAGUGUUUUCAUACAAGGAAGCAAAUAAGGCAUAAGCAACACAAUAUAAAAGCUGCGCAAUAUAAAAAAAGAUGAAAACAAUACUUGGUAGCAUUAAGAAAUGGAUGAUUAAAGAUUUACAGAAAAAGAUUAAAAAAUAAAAAUAAGACAACUUUUUAACAUGAAUAUUAAUGGGUGUACUCGCAAUUAUGGAUUGAUUUUAUUUCCAGAAGAUAAUAGAGAUAAAAGUAAAUAAAAAAUAUUAUUUUACGAUUA